AUGUCAGAAGUACUUUAGGAGGAAAAAAAUCCUUCACAAUCUUAGGAUAACUCACUUGAAAAGCAAAAUUAUAGGAUACCAAAGCAAACUCUAGUGUAAAUAGUGAGUGCAGCAUAGGAGAGGUUAUUGGCAGAAGAGAUUGAGGAACUAGAAAAAAUUAAGGGUAUGGAGACGAUCGAAAGAGGAUUAAAAACCAAUUUUGAGAGAGGAUUAAAAGGAGAUGACUUUAGAGAGAGAGAACUGUUCUAUGGAAGUAAUCAAAAACCUAAGUCAUUUUCAAAAACAUACUAUGAAAUUAUCUUAUAGUGUUUCGAAGAUUACAUGAUACGAGCAUUAUUGGUGGCUUCAAUACUGUCUAUUAUAAUAGGAGUCUUAACUGCAGACGAGGAUUGCCGUUCAUUAGCUUGGAUAGAGGGAUUUGCAUUAUUUAUGGCCAUUUUCAUCUGCUGUAAUGUGGCAGCAAUAAAUGAUUAUUAGAAGGAAAAGUAAUUAUAAAGUUUCAAUGAGAAAACACCAAAUCAAUAGAUGGUAACUGUGUUGAGAGAUGGGAAACAAACAGUAUUAGAUUCUAGUAGGAUUCUGGUUGGAGAUAUAAUUUAAUUGUAAGAAGGGUUGCAAAUUCCAGCAGAUGGAUUUGUUAUAUAAGCAGAAGCAUUGAAAGUCGAUGAAAGUGCAAUAACUGGUGAGACUCAGCCAAUAAAGAAAGAUACUUAUGAGAAUUGUAAAUAGAAGAAAGACGAAUUAUGGGAUGAAAAGAAUUCCUUGUACAAAUAUGAUAUUCCCUCUCCAGUGUUGUUGAGUGGUGCAACAAUAUUGUAAGGAGAGGGUAAAAUGGUAGUGGCAGUAGUGGGAGAAGCAAGUUGUAUUGGUAAGAUCUCAUCUUUAGAAGAAAAAGAAGUAUAAUAGACUGUUUUAUAAGCGAAAUUAGAAGCGGUAAGUUCAAGUGUUGGUUUUUAUGGGGUGAUAUUUUCAGGAUUAAUAUUUAUUGUUUUGCUAUUUAGAUUUAUACUUUAAAGAAUUAGAGAAGAUACAUUUGAAAAGUAACACAUUAAUGAGUUGCUAAAUUUGAUUAUUGCUUCAAUUAGUGUAGUUAUAAUUGCAAUUCCUGAUAGCUUCCCAUUUGCUAUAACAAUUUGUUUGGCAUAUUCUAUUAAAAGAAUGUUAAACGACAAUAUUCUAGUAAAAAAGUUAGCUGCCCUUGAAAUUUCUGGAUACAUUGACAUAAUUUGCACAGAUAAGACUGGAACAUUAACACAGAAUAAAAUGACUAUGGUCAAGAUUUGGAAUGAUGAAACCAUAGAUAUUGAUGCUUACAGCAAUAACCUAAACUUAAGUACGUAUUUACCAACUGAAAUGCAUGAAUUAUUUAUUUAAUCAUCCAUAGUGAAUGGAAAUGCUGAGAUCAGACCCUAAGAAAUAGGAAGUCUAACAGAAGUGGCCUUAAUUUUAUUUGCUGAGAAAUGUGGUAUCAAUUAUGAAAAGGAAAGAGAAAUACAUCAAACAACAUUGACUAUACCUUUCUCCAGUUAGAGAAAAAGGAGAACAAGUAUUAUAGGAGGAAAACGACUAGUUGUUCAUGGAGGUUCAGAAAUUAUUGUAGAAGGAUGCAAUAAAUUCCAUUCUAAAUCAAAGGGAGUCAUCCCUAUUGAUACUACUCUUCGAAAGUAAAUUGAGGAUAAUUUGAAUUUAAUGGGUGCUUAGGCUAUAAGAACUUUAGCAUUUGCAUACAAAGAUUUGAAUGGAGAUGAGGAUCUUGUCAGCAAAAAUCAAAGGGAUGUAUAUGAUAUCGAAGCUUAAGAUCUUACUCUGAUUGCUAUUGUCGGAAUCAAGGAUACUUUAAGGUUUGGAAUACCAUAAGCAAUUAGAAGUCUUUAGACUGCUGGAAUCAAAGUAUAAAUGAUUACUGGAGACAAUAAAAUCACUUCCAGAGCCAUUGCUGAAGAUAGUCGGAUAUUAAUUAAUAAAAAUAAAUCUCUUGUUUUAGAAGGACCUGAAUUCAUUCAAAGAGUUGGUAGGUUAGUGUGUAAAUGGUGUCAAACACCUGAUUGUGAUUGUCCAAGUGAUCCAUCAUCUGCCAAAACUUUACGCAAAUAAAUGAGAGUUGAUACUAUUCAAAAUUAGGAAGAAUUUGAUAAAAUCUAUCCUUAGUUAGAUGUGUUGGCUAGAAGCAGACCUGAAGAUAAGUAUACACUUGUAUAAGGUCUAUAAGAACGAGGACAUGUUGUAGCUGUAGCUGGAGAUGGUACUAACGAUGCUCCUGCAUUAAGUAAGGCUGACGUAGGUAUUGCUCUUGGUAUUUCAGCAACUGAAAUAGCCUAGAAAAGUGCCUCUAUCAUAUUGUUAGAUGACAAUUUUAGUUCGAUUAUCAAAUUAAUUUUUUGGGGUAGGAAUAUUUAAGACUCAAUUAAGAAAUUGAUUCAAUUUCAAUUAACAGCCAUCAUUGUGAUUGUAGCUACGACUUUAAUAUCUUCUAUUUUUAUUAAACAAGAAAUCUUUAAGCCCAUAUAAUUACUUUGGAUUAACUUAAUAAUAGAUUCCUUUGCAUCUUUAGCCCUUGCAACUGAAGCUCCCUCUCCAAAUAUAUUAAGAAGGAAAUGUGAGGAUAAAAAUGCGCCCAUUAUAAAUUCCAGAAUGCUCAAACACAUUUUAGGAUAGGCCACCUAUCAAAUUGUUAUCAUAUCAAUUCUUUUGUUUUAUGCUCAUACCUUUGUUCCUGAAUUUAAGGGAGAAGAAGAUGAAUAAUUAUACUAUACGGGUAAAUUACAAUUCAAAUAUUCGAAUACUUACUUUGACCAGAAUAGUAAGCUUCACACCUGUCCUGAUUAUGAGGAUCAUUGUAAUCUUAUCUCUUAGGGCACAGAGUAUAAUGUAAAUGGAACAGAAAACUACCUCACUUUUUAUAAAAAAACCUAUAUUUCUUCUAGAUAAUUUACAUUUAUAUUUAACACUUUUGUAAUGAUGCAAUUAUUCAAUUUUUUUAAUGCUAGAAGAAUCAAAGAUGAGUUGAAUAUUUUCUAAGGAAUAUUUAGGAAUACAGUAUUUUUAAUUACAUUUUUUGGAAUCCUUGUGUUGUAAAUUCUUAUUGUUACUUAUGGAGGAAUAGUGUUUCACUGCUAUUCAUUUAAUGGGCUUCGUAUUGAAUAAUGGUUAAUUUGCAUAUAUUUUGCACUAGGAGGAUUGGUUGUUAGGUCAAUACUAAUACUAAUUCCGAAUUCAAUGCUGGAGAUUUUUACAGGAAAUGUUUCUAGAAAGAGUCGUAAAUUGCAACCUCAUUAUCAAGUCAUAGAAUUUAAAAAUCUCAAGAAUUAAACUUAAGAGAAUUGA